AUGCCAUUCUUCACUUCCACAGCACCAUCAGAAACUUCGACUGCAAGUGCACAGACCACCACUGCAGCAGUGAGUUCUGCAUCAACAUUAACAAGUCCAACAGCACAAACAACGGCGAGCAGCUCCACUCCAGCAUCGACAGCUGAAUCAACGACAAUCACAACAACACAAGCUACUGCAACAAGUGCAGAAACCACAACUGCAAGUGUGCAGAGCACCACUGCCGCAUCGAGCACUGCAUCAACUCUCACGUCAACAAGUGCAGCAGAAUCAACAACUACAAGCAUCUCCACUCCAGCAUCGACGGCUGAAUCAACAACAAUCGCAACAACACAAGGCAUGACAACAAAUGCUGAUUAUCAUAAUACAUGUUUAUGUUGCAACCUGAUACCUUGAAAUGUAAAGCAGGAUUAUGACUAUCUA